UAGGACUUCUAAUCCCGUUCUCGUUGGGAUGUAAACGGAGAGUAAAGGCGCAGUGGGGGUCGAGUGUGAGUGAAAAUGUUAUUCUACUCGUUUUUUAAGUCCCUUGUGGGGAAGGACGUCGUGGUGGAGCUGAAAAAUGAUUUAAGUAUCUGUGGGACACUUCAUUCAGUUGACCAGUACCUGAACAUCAAACUAACAGACAUCAGUGUGACUGAUCCAGAGAAGUACCCUCACAUGCUGUCUGUGAAGAACUGCUUUAUCCGAGGCUCAGUGGUGCGGUAUGUGCAGCUCCCUGCGGAUGAGGUGGACACACAGCUGUUGCAGGACGCCGCACGCAAAGAAGCCAUGCAACAAAAACAGUGAUCACAUGCAUGAGCGGGGUGGGCCAGGGAGGUGUUGCUGUUUCCACAAGGGUCCUAGGCUGCCUUUUGACUACACAUUCACUGGAGCAUGUGUAAAACCAUAGCCUAAAUAAUUCAUCUUAAUUUUGUUAUUAAAGUAAAUGCUUUCUUAAUUGGAUUUCAGUUUUGCAUAAUUAAUAGGUGCUCUGAUUAAGUGAUCGUAUCUUUCAGUGUUUCCUGUAGCUGUGAUGUUGAAUCCUCCCAAAGCCGUAGAGUGUGGAUUUGUAGGGUGCCAAAACCUACUUCGUCAGUAUGGCAACUUGGGUGGUUGUUUCUUUAUUUAUGUAUCCCUUAAUUUCUGCUUCUUUCUUGAAACAUAAGUGGGGUGCAGGCUAAUAACCCAUUUACUACUGGAAUGGGGGAAACAACUUUAAACAUAACACUUUUCGAAGUACUUCUAAUUAAUGAGAAAUCAAAGUAACAUUUGGCAAUUUGAAAUUAAAGAAAAGACUAUAACAAUGUAUUAUCAGGCUUAUAAAAGCUUAGUUUUUUUGUGUGUGUAUGCAGGCAUGUGCAGGGAUUUUUUCUAUUCAACAGUAGGUAAUAUUUAUAAGGAGUUUCUUUUGUUAUUUUGUCCCUUCCUGGCUUUAUGCAUUGACAUAGCAUCACCACAAUCAGCCUGGCAUCAAAUGUGUUCAGAAAACAAGGUGUGAAAUUGCUUUAUUAAAGUAAAACUGAAAGGAAUGCUGUUAAAAAGUGCAAGAUCCUUAGGAAGACUUGUUAGUUUUUUUAUGAUAAAUCAUACAGAUAGAACAUAUUUAUUAUGUUCUAGACAUAAAACAAAUGAUUUUUGUUUAAUUAUGGUUUCACAGCUUUUAGCAACUGCUUUCCUUCUUGGUAAUGAAAAGAUCCUAAAAAGGGAUUUUUCAUUUUAAAAUUUAGAAAUGUGAAAAGAAAAAAAAGCACACUAAAAUGUAGAAAACAUUCUGUAGGAAAUGUGUUAUGGUUUUAUGUUCUCUUAUGUUUUGGUGCUGUGUCAAGUUUAUUUGAAAUGUUUUGGGGAAACAAAACUGUGCAAACAAUAGCACCAGAAAAGGUUGUACAGAUUUGUUUUUGCAUACACCCAUGAAUGUCAAUUUUGACAAGACCUUCCAAAACCAAUUUAAAAGAAAUUUCAGUCCAUUUUUUUUCUGAUUAACAACUGAAGAAAACUGAACAGUUUUGGGAAUCAAGGCUGAACUGUACUGCAGUGAAACUUACCAUUUAAAGAUUUACCUGGGAACUGCAUUAAGCGAAGUGUAUAACAGAAGCAUUUUGGCCCUUAAAUAUCAGUUCUUCUUCCUAAAAAUCAAUGUAAUAUUUUUAUAGAAAGAAUAGAAAAGUGCAUGUAUUUUUUCAGAAUUGGUAACAGCCCUCAGAUUCCUUUUACAAGGUCUUCCUCGGAACCAUGUACACACACUGUAUUGCAAUUCUAAUAUUGUAACAUUAGUUAACGCACCUAAUUGGUUAGCACAGCUUUCUGAUGACCUCCACAAAGAUCAUAUGCACAGAUUUGAAGAAUUAAUUUAAAAGAAUAAUCAAAUCAGAUUCGCACAAUAAACAAAUUAUCAGUUUCUGGAUGAAUUACGGUUGUAUUGUCUCUCUGAACUAAGUCUUUACCUUUAAAUAGGAGUAAGAAGAGUGUCUUUUGAGUUUAAAUUUUUGCUCAUAGUGGUGUGGAUAUGUAAAAGCUUUACAUUGAAUUUAUAGGAGUUGGAUUCCCAUUUCCAUUAAUUAUGUUUGUAUGUUUAAACUUACUUAAUGGUGGAUUUGGUUAAUUUUCUAUUUGGUUGAGUCACAAUGAUAUGAUAAAUGAUGUAGUGUGUUUUGAGAGACUAUUUUGUUAAAAAGUAGAAAUAAACGUUUUUUUUUCCAACC